UAUGUAGUUGUAGCCUGCCGAGUAAGGAAACUCAAUAAAGGCAAAAGACCACACGUUACGAUACGCGCUUUAACUACCGAACCGAAGAAAACACAAAGAAAAGACGAAGAAAACAAAGGAACUAGACUAAGACUAGGGUACUACUAUUUCACCACCACCACCACCACCGCAUCUUCUUAUUUUCUCCGAUGGGUAUUUCCUGGAGUAGCAGCAGAAGAAACAAUUACAUCCAAAACCCACCACCACAACCACCACCACAACUACCACCACCACCACCACCACCUUACUAUUACUCUCCAGAUUCACAUCCACCACCACAUCCUCCUCAACAAGGUUACAACAACUACCCUCCUCAACCACCUCCACCUCAUCAACCUCAAACUCAUUCAUUUUACUUCUCUAACCCUAAUGCUUACACAAACUAUCCCAAUUCUUCGGUAAAUCGAAUUCAAUUUCAUCCUUCUUAUUAUGUUAAUCAACAACAACAUGCUUGGGGUCCACCGAAUCCUUCUUUUCAUGCUCCUUCGUCAACACCACCACCACCACCUCCUUAUGUUGAUCAUCAAACUGCUAAGAAGAUUAGGAAUCAUGUUAAUGUUCAUAAAGAUACUUUGCGUCUUGAGGUUGAUCAGCAUAACCCUGAUCACCAUCUUGUUUCUUUCGUUUUCGAUGCUGUCUUUGGUGGAAGCAUUACUAUCUUCUACUUUGCGAAGGAAGAAGAUAAAUGUAGAUUUGUUCCACUCUUUCCUGAUGCAUUUGUGCCAGUCAAAGUCCCCUUUGAGAAAGGAGUUGGCCAGAAAUUUGCUCAGCCUUCAGGAACAGGGAUUGACUUAGGCUUCUAUGAGUUGGAUGAUCUUUCAAAGCCUUCACCUGGAGAAGACGUCUUUCCUCUUGUAAUAUGCGCUGAAACGUGUUUGGAAGCUCCCUCAGCAAACGAAACUCCUAAAACUCCGGAUGAUUCCAUGCUAGAUGCAUCCCCUGAUUCCCCUCACAUGCAAAUAACUCAAGCUGUCUUGGUGAAAAGUAAUGGUGAUAGUGCUUUCCAGAUAAAAGUAGUUAAGCAGAUUCUUUGGAUUGAUGGUGUUCGUUAUGAGUUGAGAGAGCUAUAUGGAAUAGGAAGCUCAGAAGCUGCAGGCUUUGAUGACAGUGAUCCUGGAAAGGAGUGUGUAAUAUGCAUGACUGAACCAAAGGAUACAGCUGUCUUACCUUGUCGACAUAUGUGUUUGUGCAGCGAGUGUGCGAAAGCUCUGCGGCUUCAAUCCAAUAAAUGCCCUAUAUGCCGUCAGCCCAUUGAAGAACUUAUGGAGAUCAAGGUAAAGAGUGGGAAUCCAUGAGGUUUUUUUUUUCUCCCCAACCAUGCUAAGUCGAAUUGCAUGACAUUCCCUAGAAAUUCCUCACUUGUUUGUAAGAAAACUUCUCCCUUUUAUGUAUGCAGUAAGGUCCUCUUUGUAAAUUUUAGUCUAUAACUUAACUUGUCUAUAGUUUGCGUGUGUAUGGUUUUGAGGGAAAAUUUGGUCAUGUACACGCUUUUGCGGUGAUUGAAUGUUACUCCUGUGUCAUCCAUCUGUACUGUAAAGGUCAUAAUUUUUAUGCAGUA